ACUGGCACCUGGGGCAUUCAGUCCUCGUCUUGAAUAUCAAUCGGGCGGUGGACUCUUUUCGAGGGUCAUCCGCGAGAAUUCGUCAGCCAUGCACGGCCCUGCGAAUCAAACGGACGGCAUACGUGCCUUCGUCGCGGUCGCGUUUUUCUUAUUUGUAUUCCACGGGGAAGAAACACGAUAGGGCCACCAUCGGUGGAGAAAUCAUAAAAGAGCCAUGUAGAUAACGCACGCUCACCUUGACUCAUCACCUGCCCUAUAAAAGAGACGGACGCACCUCUCGAUCCGAUCAAACCGUAUCGAAAUGUCGCGUCCGAUUGUUGUCGCCUUCGCGAUUCUGGGCCUUCUGCAGGCGGUCAUCGCCAUUGACCUGUCGCUGUCGAAGAACAUCCAGAUUAACCUCGAUGAAAAAGAUAUUGUGCCGAAAACGGACCUGAAAAAUCUCGUUCCUGAGCCACAUGCUGCCAACGAAUUUAUCGGAAACCUUGAAAUUGGGACAAGAUAUGCCGAUGAAAAAGUCUUCCGUCGAAUUAUCGAGUUUAACAAUCCAACAAACACUGUUCAGACAACUACUCUAACGCUGACUGUUAAUGGAAUUCUUCAUUACAUUAGUGCGGUAAACCAGAACGGCAGCUACGCAGUAAUAUGCGACGAGGUGUCGACCCUGGGAUCAUCCCGUGGCUCCAUCAAAGUUCGUGCUGCUGCCAACACGAAAUCCUACGUUCUGAUCGUUGCAGCAGCGCAUUAAAUAAUCGUCUGAGGAAUAGCGUUUAUCAUAAUUCGCAAAUUUGCAACAAAAAAAUAAAACAAAUUGCGUCUUUUUUUAUAUCCCGCAAAAAUUUAUUAACUGUGAUAAGACAUUUCUGUACUCUCAUUAUAUUCUACACGAAAAUAAAAGAGUCUUGAUAAACCAGCAA